CAGGCUGGGAGCUGCCAGAGCCCCGCGGCGCUGGGAAGCUGCCAAAGCCCGGCCCCAAGCCGGCAGAGCAGGGGUGGGGCAGAGGAGGCAGGGCUGAGCGGGCUGGGAAGAUGGCGGUGUCUGUCCCGUGGCUGCUGGGGCUGGCUCUCCACGGGGCCGUGUUCCUCUGCGGCAUCGUCUGUGCUUCAGCUCUCACCGUGGCACAGGGAGAGUUCGGGGGCCAGUGCCUCCUCUAUGGCGCCGUGAACUGGAACGGGAGCGCGCUGGUGCCCAGGUCCUUCAGCCACGUCUCCCUCUGCUACUUCGUCUCAGCUGUCUCCAUCGUGGUAGCCCUGUGCUGCUUCGCAGUGCUCCUGUACAGCUGCUGCACAGAUGAGCCUCAGCGGAGCCGUGCGUGCCUCACCUUUGCCCUGGUCACGGCCACUGUCAUCCUCCUCUUCCUCCUCAUCUCAGCCUGCAUCCUCCGUGCAGGGAUGGAUAUGCUCUGUGCCUCCAUCGUUCACACCAAGCAGCUGGCCAGCUGUCAGGAGGCUGAGCACAAACCAUGGGUGUCCUACAGCCCAACCCGCUUCUACAGCAACCUCUACAGUGCACAGGCAUCAGCCUGGGUCAACGUGUUCCUCUGGUGCCUGCUGCUGGCCUGGCUGGUCAUCCAGCAGCGGAGGGAAGCCCCCAUCCCGCUGUUGCGCCGCCAGGACCCCGAGUGGAGCGCUGAGACAGAAGCCAUACUAGGGGGACACCCGAGACGGAGCUGAAGGAAGGGUCAGCACACCUGGCACACAACGAGCAGGGCGGGAGGAGGCACAGGUGGUGUUGGCCCGGACACCUCAUUAGCCCUGCAGGCGCUGAUGAGGCCAGUGGUGCAAAACGACGCAGCCUUACGCCCCGUGCUGGCAUAGGGGCGGUGUGCGGCACAAAACCCACAGCCCUCAGUCACGGGGUACUUUUGGGCACCGAGCUUUAUUAUUAAAGAUGAGGAUUUUCAUUA